UUGCAGAGACACUGCAAGUGCAUAACACUAACUAAAAAAGAGCUGUGACUUUUUCAUCUCUCUAGGCUUACGUAGCAUGACAGUACUCUCACUCGUAACAGAGAUUACAUUUGAUUAUAACAGUUCUAGAUCUACCGCCAAUGGCACCAAGAGUGCAUGUAUCAUACUACACCAGAAAUUAAGGUUAAGGUCAACAAAUUGUUUUUCCCUGUGGACGACAUUUGAGUUUGGUUGGUAACUCGUGACCAUCUGCCUCAGCUUUAGAUGCGUCAGGCGCACAUGAACUUUGCAGAUUGAAGUGUCUCUGCUUUAACUGGGUCAAUGAUGUCACCUUAGCUGGAGAAUUGACGGCCAAGUCAUUAUACUGUUUUCAAUUGACAACUCUUAAGUACCAUUCAAAUCAGCUGAUUCUAAGAUGCUUGAUAGAGGGUUGAUGACGCCGAGCCCCGCGAAUGCCUAUGCUCUACUUGGUCAGGAAGGAAACUCAGUGGAGCUUAAAACCAUUUGUCACACGACCGAAUUGUCAUCCUGCAAAUUUGCAAAAGAUGCUGCACAGCAGAUAGUUUAUCCCGAUUCAGUGAAAAUGAAGUGGAUGAAUUCAGCAGCUUACGAAGGGCAAUCAUUUCAAAAUGGUGAAUAUCAUAAUAACACUGCACAGAUGCCUGAAGCAAGUCAUCCUUCUUAUCAUCGCUUCUCUCAUCAGCAUCAUCAGAUGUACAACCAUUAUCAUCAUCCCCAGCAGCAGCAGCAGCACCUAUUGGAAGGAGAAAGAAAUCUCCACGAAGAGUUGAUAUCCUUCCUGGAGGACAAGAAAGACUCCCCGGAGAUGAGCAUGGGUGCCCUGGGACCAAUGCCGGUGACCUCCAACCCAUCCUCCCCGACCCACGGGAUGAGCCAGUACUGUGCUAUAUGUGGCGACCGGGCGACGGGUAAACACUACGGAGCCUCCAGCUGCGAUGGUUGUAAGGGAUUCUUCAGACGCAGUGUGCGUAAAAACCAUGUGUACACAUGUCGCUUCAGUCGGAACUGUGUAGUGGACAAAGACAAACGUAACCAAUGUCGUUACUGUCGGCUACGCAAGUGUUUCCGUGCGGGCAUGAAAAAAGAAGCUGUACAGAAUGAGCGGGACAGGAUCAGUGUCCGGCGGACGAGUUACGAGGAUGUAGGACAGAACAUAACCCUGUCAGUCAGCACACUAUUAAAUGCAGAAAUACUAUCACGACAGAUCACCUCUCCCAUUGGAGUGUUAGACGUGGCCCAGAGAAAUGUGGCAACCACAGACGAUGUGGCAGAGUCCAUGAAACAACAGCUCCUGGUACUGGUGGAGUGGGCCAAAUACAUUCCCUGUUUUUGUGAACUUCCAUUAGAUGACCAGGUUGCUCUCCUUCGUGCCCAUGCUGGUGAACAUUUAGUCCUUGGUUGUGCCAGGCGAUCAAUGUCAUCAAGUGAUAUGCUGUUGCUUGGCAAUGAUGCCGUCAUUCCCCGCCAUUGUCAAGAUGCAGACAUGGGUCGUGUAGCCUCAAGAAUCCUAGAUGAACUUUCAGCGCCUCUGAGGGAGGUACAAAUAGAUGACUCGGAGUUCGCCUGCAUGAAAGCUAUUGUCUUUUUUGAUCCAGAUGCAAAGGGUUUGAGUGAUACCCAGAGGAUAAAGACCUUCCGUUACCAGAUCCAAAUAAAUUUAGAGGACUACAUAAACGAUCGUCAGUAUGACACUAGAGGGCGCUUUGGGGAGAUCCUCCUCCUGUUACCUCCCCUUCAGAGUAUAACCUGGCAGAUGAUAGAACAGGUUCAGUUUGCAAAACUGUUUGGAAUGGCACAUAUUGACAAUCUCCUUCAAGAAAUGCUUCUAGGAGGAGCAGCAGGAGCAGCGGCAGAUCCCACCUCAGCUUCAACAACACCCACCUCACUCGAGCCAUCUCUGGACAUGUCCAGUUUCCAGGAUCCUAUGACUGACCACCUGUCCAUGCCUCAGGGGAUGGAACUUCCCCACAUGUCCCCUACAUCCAGUCAUAGUCCCCCUCUGGGGCUAUCCCUGCUUCACAAUCCCAUAGAACAUAUGUCCACUUCAUCUCUGACUGCAGACCACCUGUUGUGUAGUACACCUGGGGCCAUGUUAGACCACGGAACAAUUCACAUUCACAAUGGACGCAGCCCAGUGGCAUCUCCCACCCUCCCCACAACCUCAGAAUCUUACAAGGUGGCAAUGACGCCACAACAGAGGUUCAAACAGGAAGUGCUGUGAUGAAUUAGUGUUUUUAAAACUCAUUUUAUCAAAAUGAACUUUACUUUAACUUUUAGCUCCUCUUUACGAAGUUUUAAGUUUGGUAACUAUAAGUACCAGAUUUGGUAAAGAAUUUUGAGCAAUUGUUUCUUGUUUAUUUUUGUGUUGCAAUGUAUAAAACACCUAACAUUCCUUUAGGCUGGAGAGACUUCCGGUGCUAUUUUGAUCUGAGCUGGUCGUGAUUACUCUGCGACAGAGUUGACACCAGACUUCCAUAAAACACUUCCAGACAUUGUUAGCCAUCUUUGUUGGCAGGGUCAUGUGACCUGGUCAUGAGAAGCCUGCAAAAAGACAUUGUGCUUCCAUAUAGUGUACACAUGAUGAUGAUUAAUUUGAUGAUAGAAUCAGAUUCAUGUGACUCAGUGAUUUUUAUUUGAUGACUUUGAACCACUAAUGCAGUAUGAAUAUUGUUGUUAUAUAUGUCCUGAUAUCUCCAUGUGACAUCAUCAGUGACUGCCUUUAUUGUUAGACUAUAUUAGGAAAAGUUCAUGUAUUUGUAAAUGUUUGAUUUUGAAAUGCCAUAAAUCUUGUAUAAACGUCUGUUAUGAUUGUAUUGUGGAUUACACAGUUUUAAACCAGAAGUUUCUAUAUAAACCAAAUAUUUGAUACUUGUUUGACAAAGAAUCAUUGCAUAUAUACAUGUACUUCAGUGAUAUACAAAGUAUACGUUCACCAUAAUUAGGUCAAGUACACCUAUGGAGAGGUAAUGUAAAGUGUGGUCUUUACGGAGAGGUAAUGCAAAGUGUGGUCUUUAUGGAGAGGUAAUGUAAAGGGUGGUGUUUAUGGAGAGGUAAUGUAAACGGUGGUGUUUAUGGAGAGGUAAUGUAAAGGGUGGUCUUUAUGGAGAGGUAAUGUAAAGGGUGGUCUUUAUGGAAAGGUAAUUUAAAGGGUGGUCUUUAUGGAGAGGUAAUGUAAAGGGUGAUCUUUAUGGAAAGGUAAUGUAAAGGGUGGUCUUUAUGGAGAGGUAAUGUAAAGGGUGGUCUUUAUGGAAAGGUAAUGUAAAUGAUGUUCUUUAUGGAAAGGUGAUGUUAAGGGGCUCUUAUUAGGAUAUCCGAACAUUUCGAGGGAUAAUUAAUUUCUUUUCAACUUUGUUAAAUAGCAAGAUUAUAAUGUCCAAUAUAAAAGGGGAUAUAGUUCUAUGUUUUGUUGAGCAGAGAGGGCCAGAACUGUUUGGGAAAGGGGGCACUUUUAAUUUCAUUUAGUGCCCAAAAAAUGGGACGGGUCCUUCAAAGAGGAGGAGCGCUCAUAGCAAAUACAGUACCAUGAAAACAAAUAUUGCUGAAAUAGAUGUAUUAAGUUUGUUUUAAAUGUUCAUUGUCCAUAUUUGCAUUUCUGCAUUAAUUCAUUCAUCCAAUUUGUUAUAAAUAUUCCUUGAUGCAUUAAUUUGUUUGAAUAUUGGAUCAGAUUUGUUUAGCACUGACCACAUUUACAUAACUGUUAAAGAUGACGUACUAGAAAACAUAAGUGUAGCAGCGCCAUUGCUAAUUUUACUUGCCAUUUAUGGAGCUGAAAACUGAACACCAUUCAUUUUAUGUUGAUUACAAGGAGCUAAAGGUUGUUUUAGGAUACAGUGUGAUCAUUGUAGAGAGAAUCGAUUUCAUAUAUCAUUGUUUUACAACAAUAAUAUAACAAGUUUUUCAGUUUAUAUUAAUCACUUGUUGACUAGGAUUGAAGCGUGCAGGGGUUCUUAAUAUGAAUGAAUCUGGAGUACCCUGAGAAAACCCAUGUGAAUACCGGUAGACUUAAUUUUGACUACAAUAAAACUAAUGCAGCAAUCAAAUAAUUAAAAAAAUAGAUCCUGCCCAAACUAAAUGUACAUUGUCUGUAUGGAGAGACCACUAGCUCUCUAGACUUAAUUCGUAUUCUAAAACCUUGAUAUUCUACCUUCAUCUGUCCAGCGAAGUUUCGGCAUUAUAAAGAGGUUUGGUGAUAUUUAUAGAGGGAGACAUAUAAGGAAGUUUUUUUAGAAAAAAAGAAAGGGGACAUUUAAAGAUGUUGUUGGGAAGCAGGCGGCAAAUGAAAAGAGGGACGCUAUAUGAAGGACCUACUGUAGUGGAUAAGUACGUACUUAUUAACGAGGUGAGAGGUCAAUAGUUACCCUGGUGUCUAUUGUCUAAUUACCUAUCACAUACCUAUGUACACAUUGUUUUAUUGUCACUGGUGGGGCCAGUGAUACACAUGUUUAUUAUGCAGAUUUAAACAGGUUGGUGCUCGGAUGUUCUUGCAUGCUUUUUUUGUGAGAGAGAAAUGACCAAAUCAAUGCAAUUUAAUUUUGUUGUUCAUUUAUAAUGAUACACAUACAUUGUCUUACUACCAUCCAACAUUUAUAUUAUGUUUGCUUGUAAAUUGUUACAUUACACUUAAUUGUCAGUUGUUUAUUCUAUGAAAAUAGAAAUAAAAACAAUGUUUAAAGACAAAUAAUUUAGACCAUGUCGAUUGCUCAACAUAUCACCUAGUCAGUAAUUUUUGUACACCAAUAUAUACAAAGUAUGGCCAUUGUUUAUAGAUUACAUAAUGUGAAGGAAUGAUAAUCUAGAAAACAGUCUGUUGAUGAAAUGAAAUGAUACUGAUACUUUCAACAGUUCACUAAAUACACUUAAUUAAUCAACUUAAUUUAUACAGAACUUAAACUUCUGCUUGAUUGGAUUCCAUGGAGGCUUUUGUUCUGAGUUUUCUGUCAGAGAAUUUCUCAAUAAAUCAAUGGAUUUUUCUACCAGUAAUUUCGAAACAUAUUUAUCAAUAAAUAUGAUUUAAAACUGACAUAUAGUUAAUUUGGACUAAUAUAAAUUGUAAUUGUCACAAUGUUAAUUUAAACAUUGUAUGACAAUUGAUAUUGUUAAUUGGCUUACAAUGAUUUUUUAUUGUUAAUUGGCAUCAAAUGAAUUUUGGAUACCAUAUUUUUACAGGGAAUCCCAAUGAUGACAUUGGAGACCACCAUGUGGAAUGUGUUAUGUUUUCUCUCUAAUUUUAGUUCAGUAUAAUGGAAGCAUAGAUCACAUGAUGUAAGAAUUGAUUAAAAAACAGAAAAAAACAUUAAUGAAAUUCAUAUAUUAUUUAAUCCCUGCCUUGGUACAACAACAAAAAAAUGAAAUUAAAAAAAUGACUCGUAUUAUCAAGCUAUAUUUACAAUGUUUCUAUCAUCUGUCUACUAACUGUACUGCCUACCUGUUAACCUAUAGGUUAGUUAGCUGUGUGUGUAUGAUACUGUUACUCUAUUGAUCUCAAACUUUGUACUGUCCUAGCUAGUGUUGCUCAAUGCUUACCAGAUAGACAGCAGUCCCUAAUGUAGUUUUUCUCAUUGCUACCCCUAGAAGCUGUCCCUUUUUCAGAAAUUGAAACUUUUUUCACGAAUGACACCCAGCUACCUUGAGGGACCUCUUUCAAUGCUUUUUUUUUAUUUCUUUAUUAGUGUUUUAUAAUCAAUACAGUCCCUUCAUGAUACAUUUAUGGUUAUUAAUAUAUGUAUGUUACAGAAAAUUUCCAUGAGCAAACUUAUGUGCACCCCUCAAAAUUGGAUUUCUCAGUUUUUUUAAAUGUAAAAAAAUAAGGUUUUUUUGCCAAGACAGAUUGGUGAUUUAUACCAAAUUAUUAAAGAUGGACUGCAGGAAAUAUAGUACAAAUGUGGAUAUUUCUACUAUAGUGGUUUUCUAAGAUCAACAAAAAUUCACUGUAAUUGCUAUGAAUUCAUUCCUUGUUCUACAUCUGAGAGAAGUAAGAAAGUAAUUUCUAUCGGAAAUAUAAAAAUCUCUGUGUGGCCAGGUAUGUGUGUUCUAGGCUGUGGUAGUAGUGUUACAUACACUGUAUGUAUGUGUGUUGUGUGUUUUUGUGUGUGUAGCUGUGUGGAUAUCUCACAUAUAAUGUGAAAAUGAGUCAUUAAAGUAUGCAAUUUCUGUUUAUGUUCAAUUCUUGUACAUAUAAUGUAUAGAUAUAGAAAAAGAUAUGUAUAGAUUUAUAAUAAAAAAUAUAUAUAUUUGAAUGAAAAUUCUAACGUUUAUUUUAUAAAUAUUUUAUUUGCAAAUGUUGCUUCAUUAUAAUCAUCAUCAUGCAAAUGUUUGACAAAACCAAUCAAACUGAAUUGUGAUGCAAGAUUCUAUGACACUUGACUCAAACAUCACAUUCACUUUUUUUUUAAUAUUCAAUUGGAAGAAUUCCCUUUCAAAGUGGAGAAUAAAAACAUCUUAGAUUGUGUCAGACAAUUUGGGUUUAGAUCAAAACUUUUUGUUACAUGUACCUUAUGUACCAUGUUAUGCCUGUGUUGAGUCCAGGAGGCCAAUUGUUCUCAGAGAGGGUUAAAGUGAGUACUCUCAAGAUGACCCUCAUCUGUAAAAUUGGUUCAACAAAUAAAUGGGCUAAACACUUGGUAAAAAUUGGUAAUUUUGUACAAAAUAGGAAUGACUUAUCAAUUGUUCAAUUGCCAUUCUAAUCAGUAUGCUAAGAGUGAUAGCAGGAGAGGUCAAUGGCAGCUAAUGGAUGGAGCCUUAAUAGUUCUAUUACCUUUAGGUAAUACAAAAAUGUUUGCAAUGUUUCUAUGAUCAUUUUUAAUAAAUUGUAGUCAUUCUAAUGAAGAAAAUUAAAUCAUCAUGUAUUGGUGUUUAACAGAUAACAAUAAACCAUUUUCACUCAUA